AUGGCAGACGAAAAAGAAGUCGGCACCGCUGCUCCCGGUGAUGAGAAGCAAUUGGGUUUGUCCAAUGAUCCAAACAGUGAACUGGACGGCUGGAGGGGAUGGCUGGUGGUGACAGCCGCUUCAUGUUCUCUAUUUGUAUAUUUGGGAAUAAUAUACUCCUGGGGCGUAAUUGAAACUGAACUGGUGAAAUCAACUGCAUUCUCCUUGACGACCCUGACUUUUGUCGGCUCCCUGGCGACCUCCUUCAUGGUUUCGAUCAGUAUCUUAGUCGGUAUGUCCAUCCGGAGAUUUGGAUACCGGCGAACAGCUUUUGUUGGUGCCAUUCUCAUGGGACUGGGCGAGUUCUUGGCCAGUUGGGUAACGGGAAGUUUGGCUGGCCUCUUCAUUUGCCAUAGUGUGCUGUUUGGUGUAGGGGGAGGGCUGACGAUUCUGCCCUGUUCGACUGCUUCUCUACGAUGGUUCCGCAAAUAUCGAGGUCUUGCUACCGGUGUUGUCUUUGGUGGAGGCAGUCUUGGAGCUGCGGCCAUGAGCGUUGCUGCUAACCUUCUGGUGGCCGAGGUCGGUAUUCAAUGGACCUUCCGGAUCUUUGGCUUACUCCUGUGGGCUGUUUGUGUGCCAGCAGCAUGUAUGAUUCAACAGCCGAAGAGCAUAACCGAGGCUGUGCCGCCAGUUCAGUGGUAUCGUUUCCGGGAGCGAGAAUUCAUUCUUCUCUUCAUUGGGACGGGACUUGGCUGCUUCCCUCUGUUCAUCCCUUCGUAUUUCAUUCCUAUUUAUGCCCGAGCGGUGGCUUCACAACGCGUGGCAAUCAUCAUCCUGGCCAUGUGGAAUGUGGCCUCGACCAUAGGCCGUGUUCUGGCAGGUGUUCUAUCGGAUUUGGUCCUAGGACCGUUGAACAGUCUUAUCAUGUCCCUUUUGUUGGCCGGGAUCAGUGCGCUAGUCAUCUGGCCGUUUGCGGACUCAAUUGCCGUGCUAUCUGUAUUCAUUGUGAUCAACGGGUUGGGAUGCGGUGCUUUCUUCAGCCUGGUCCCUACUACCGUCGGGUCCAUGUUCGGCCCUAAAAACACUAUGGGCAUAUUGCCAAUUCUAUGGGCUGGAUGGUUUUUUGGCUACUUCUUUGGCUCACCGAUAGCGGCAGGGCUAUAUUCCUUGUCCGACGAAGGCACCGGCACUGCUGCAUACCGACCAGCUGCAUAUUAUACAGGCGCGAUGUCCCUUGUUGGUCUGCUUUUUGUAGUGGCGAUCCGCUACUUUUAUUCCACCCAUCUUCUUGCUCGGGUCUAA